AUGCCACCAGUUGUGUGCAAAUUUUGGCAGCAAGGUAGUUGUCGAAACGGAGAUAGGUGCAAGUUCCUUCAUACCGACAACUCGAAUCCAAACAAUCAACCGCUUCCCAAUGGCAAUCGAUACGCUGCUCUUCAAGGAGACAGGUUCGGCUCCCGCGCCAGCAGCAAUGGAUACCAAGGUGGAAGUGCGAGAGCAGCAUCGCCUUCCCGCGAGUUGCCUUAUUCCCUAGACAAAAAAACCAUACAGGUCGACUUAACAUCCGAGAAACCACAAUGGAUAUUGUCUGCAUACGGGCCAGGUAGACAUGCUCCUGCGCAGCUCUUUGGCGGACCUAUGCGGGAGCACAGUUUCGAGGAGAUGCGCCUCUUACACUACAUGGCAGUGGCAGAGGGUAAUCCGCAACAAGCAGUUCAGGCAGCAGAGAGGCUAUGGCAAGCUUCAGAACAGCAAAUCCAGACUGCAGCUAAUAAUAUCGACGGAGCUAUAAACUUCAUCAUCAGUUCUGAGAAAGAACAUCCAAAUCGAAUAGAUAUUGUGAGGGGGGGCCAAGUUGGAGCUGGUUUUCAGCCAAAUCCAUUUAACGGUCAGCCUUCUUUUCAGCAACAAAGUCCUGUCGCAAAUCCAUUUGCGGGAGCAAGUCAGUCAUCGCAGGGUGCGCCAGCUUUUGGAGCCCCCUCGGCUCUAGGUGGAGCCUUUGGUCAAACAUCAGCAUUGGGCCAGAAAACUAAUGCUUUUGGAACCGCCAGUCCAGCAUUCGGAGCACCUACACAGCUUGGUGCCACUGGUUUUGGACAGCCUUCUGCCUUGGGCCAGAAAGCCAACCCCUUCGGAGCCCCAGCAGCACAUGCUUUAACUGCUGUACCGUUCUCUUCUUUUACUGCCACACCCAAUCCGUUUCGCCAAAUGCCAACUUCUGGAGCUCCUACGGACUCUGGGACGGCGAAUGCUUUCCAAAGACCUCCCCAGCCUGCUACUUCCCAAACGUUUGGAGCCCCUUCGACCUCAUUUGGAGCGCCAUCACAGACAGCUCAACCAAAUCCAUUUAGUCAGCCGUCUAAUCCGAAUGCGAGCUCAAACCCAUUUGGCGGGCACAGCGAUCUUCAGCCAAAUUCGUUAGGAAGAUCACAGCCAGCUUUUGGUGAUUUAUCUCCAACUAAAAACCCAUUUGGAGCUCCUACUGAAACAUCACAAGCGCUGCAGGAUAAGUUUGUGGCGCAUGCUGCUCCACAGCAAAAUCCAUUCGCUCCGGCAACAAUAGCUUUGGUUCCCGUUGCUGUCAAUCCUUUCGGGCCAUCUUCACUUCAAACUCGGAACCCUAAUCCUUUUGGCCAUCCCGUAACCGGUGCCUCGUCGUUACCCAAUAGCGACGACACAUUCGCUCCACAGUCUCAAGCCCCAACGGCUAUAAACGGGCACGGUCCAAAUGUCCAGCUCGGAGCUCCACACCCUCAAAUCGGCUCUUAUAUCUCCAGAGACUCCAGUGGAAAAUUAUCCACGUUCAAGGGCAAGCACGUUGACUACAAAGGUGCUGAGCCUGGAUUUACUAGCCGAAGUGGCCUGUGGGAGAGGAUUUGGUUCCCUGAAGGGCCUCCGAUGUUUAACAAAGACACCGAAGUGGACGAGAAAAUGUAUGACGACAGGACUGAAGCUGCGUACUUGCAUGCAAAGCAGACGGGUUCGUUCCCAACCGGGAUAAUGCCGAUGUUGCCGCCAAAACGGGAAUGGUGUCACUGGGACUUCUGA